AUGAUGUAUGAGGAUACAAGCUUGAAUUCUGGAACGAGAUAUCAAUAAAAAUUGAAGUUCAAAAAAGAACAAAUUAAUAAACUUCAAGGCUAGAUUCUCGAUUAUCAAAAAAGCAACCUUAGAAAAUCAAUUUCGGCAACUUUGAGAAUUUAAAAAUAGUUACCAUAGUAAAAAUUCAAUCAUUUGUGCGAGGAUGGAUUGCUCGAUUUAGAUAUAAAUAGGUAUUUGAAAAUAAUCAGAGAUAUAAGAAGAGAUGAAAGGUUUUCAAAAAUUCAGGAAAUGAUUGAUAAGAAAUGGUUGAUCAAGUUAUUCGAAGAUUUUCGAAAAUAUGAUCGGUUGAAAAUAUUAAAGCAAGAAAAGAAGAGACAAUUAUAGUAAAGACAAGAUAGACUGAGCAAGUUAGCUUAGCCUAAAUCACCAACUGCUAAAGUAAUUUCAUUUAAAACAGGAUCUCAUGGUGGAACAUUAGAGAUUCCAGGUACUCCUCAUGCUCACAAAAAAAGUAUUAUCAUUAUUAAAAUAGUUUUAAUGCUCUUAAAUAUAGGUUUGCAAUCUAAAAAUUAGAUUUCUUUCGGAGGUUAACCUCAAUCUUGUCCUCCUUCUCCCAGAUCAAACAGAAUAACAAUGGGACAGCAAUAUGUCGUAGACUCAAUGAAGUAUGCAAAUACUUAAUCCAUUAACUUUUGUAGUAAAGAGAAUAAGAAAUUGUAGGAUUAAAUACUUGAUUUAACUAAUAAGAUUCUUAAAAAGAAAGGGCUCAUUAUAAAGGCAAAGAGAUUACACUUACCAUGCCUCCUUCUUAACUGCAAUAAAUUCAAUAGUAGAAACAAAAAAUAUUAAAGACUAAUAACAGCUUAAUAAGUGGUGAAAAUUAGCUCAUUAGAGGAUCAAGUACAGUAGAAAAAAAAGAAAAAGGCAUUCAUUUCAUAGUAUAAGGAAGUCUUUUUCAAAAAGAUUGCUAGAAAACCUAAAAAGCACGUUACCAAUAAGUUUUUAGAUGAUAACCUUGAACUUGACAAAUUUAGUUAGAUUGGUCUUAAUGAAUCAAAAGGACAAAUUGACAAUGAAGAAGAAAUUUCUCCCUAUGAGCUUAGUAGUUGA